UAUGCAUGGUAAAGUUUUUUUCCUUCUUUUUUACUGUUUACCGAUUAUGUGAAAUUGUGUUAGAAUUAUAGGAAUGUUAUUUGUUUCAGAAGGAACACACCUCGUGUUGCCACGUGGAGUGUUGCGGUAGAGGUGGUGCUACUGGGGAUAACAACGACCGACACGAGCACCCUCCAUCGGUGGAUAUUGAAAUGAGAGAGAGGACGCCUUCUUCCACUGAGAAGAAACUAAGCUCCGGCUCUUUAGGAGGUGGUGAAACUUCACGGCCCAAGCAUGUCACAGUACAUCCCCCGGGUACAAAGACAGCAAAGCCUACAGUGAAGAAAAAAUCCAUUCAAGCUGAUUUGGACAUUCCAAGAGAAAUCCUAAAAUGUAAGGAAGAAGGUGCUGAAAGAUUAGAUCUUAGUAAAGCAAAUAUUACACAACUGCCAGUAUUGGUGAGAGAAUUGACGCACUUGCAAGAGUUGUAUCUCUAUGGAAACAAGCUGUCGACCCUUCCGACAGAAAUAGGUUGUCUAGUCAAUUUGAAAACUCUUGCUCUGAGUGAGAACUCUCUAACUAGUCUACCCAACUCUCUUUCAAACCUUCGAUGUCUCAAAGUACUAGACCUCAGGCAUAACAAAUUAAACGAAAUUCCAGAAGUCGUUUACGAGUUGACCUCACUGACGACUCUAUAUCUGAGGUUUAAUAGAAUAAGAAUAGUUGGAGAAGAAAUUGCUUUUUUGCAGAAUCUGACGAUGAUGAGCCUAAGGGAGAACAGGAUAAGUGAAUUACCGAAAGGAAUCGGUAAAUUGAAGAAACUAGUCACUUUUGAUGUUUCGAACAAUCACUUAAAACAUUUGCCUCCUGAGAUUGGUGAAUGCACCCUUUUAUCCACAUUGGAUGUUCAGCACAAUGAGUUAGUCGAUAUACCAGAAACAAUAGGUUUACUCCAGAACUUAAGCAGACUCGGUCUCAAAUACAAUCAACUGACAUCGGUACCAAAAUCUCUUAGCCAGUGCGUUCUCAUGACAGACUUCAAUGUAGAGAGCAACGCUAUAUCACAAAUGCCAGAAGGUCUUUUAUCUAGCCUCCUCAAUCUGUCUAGUCUGACUAUAUCUAGAAAUGCUUUCACAUCAUACCCUAUUGGUGGACCCUCACAGUUUACCAACAUAUAUUCCAUCAAUAUGGAGCACAACAUGAUCAACAAAAUUCCCUUUGGAAUAUUCUCUAGAGCCAAGAAUCUCACAAAGUUAAACAUGAAAGAAAACCAACUCACGUCACUUCCCUUAGAUAUUGGUACGUGGAGCAACAUGGUAGAGCUCAACCUAGGCACCAACCAAAUAAGCACAAUUCCGGAUGAGAUUCAGUUUUUGCAGAAGUUGGAGAUUUUCACCCUCAGCAACAACCUUUUGAAAAGGUUACCGCCAACAAUCGGCAACCUUAAAAAUCUCACUGUUCUGGAUCUGGAAGAAAACAAGCUGGUGGCUUUGCCAGAAGAAAUUUGCAAUCUUCAAAAUUUGCAGAAAUUGAUAGUGCAAAGCAACCGACUUCAGCGUUUGCCAAGUAUGAUUGGCUGCCUGACCAAUCUGACUUACAUGAGCGCUGGAGAAAACUAUCUGGAUUCUAUACCCCCUGGAAUCGGCCAGUUACAGAACUUAGAAUCUUUGUACAUAAAUGAUAAUCCCAAUCUGCAUAAGCUGCCCUCAGAACUGGCUUUGUGCUCGAACUUACAGAUUAUGAGCAUUGAGAACUGCCCCCUGUCAGAUCUCCCACCUGAUGUCACUAUAGGCGGGCCCUCUAUGGUCAUACAUUGGCUAAAGAUGGAGUCUAGGUUGAGAUUCGACAGACCAUACUCGUAACCAAAAUUAUCAAAGGGGAAAUAAAAUAGGCUUUGUUUUGUCAACGUUUCGCUUGGAAAAAAUAAGCUGCUGUCAAAUCUUGGGCAAUCUUGGCCUUUCAGUGGUCUUCUGAGCUGAAAAUGAUGAUCUCUCUCUCCUUGGCUGGAAAUUAAAAUAAAAAAAGCUUCAUUGGAUGGUGAUAAGAUACCAGAAAUAAAAAAAAAAAUAUAAAUAUAUAUAUAUUAAAUAUUUCUCAUUCCAAUCAGUGCAAAAUGUUCCAAAUGAUUUAGAGAAUGGUGCGUGCAUGCAUUUUGUGCAUAGAUAAAUAAAAUGGUGUUAAAUGUAACUAAGGUGUUGUGAUUGUAAAGAGUGGGUUUGUUUACAAGGUUGUAAUGAGUAUCAAUUUGCACUGAACCAUAUGUAGACAAAAUGUUAAAUGAUGGUUGAAGUCAAAUGUAUCUAUGUGCUGAUACUUUUUUUCAUGAUACAUUAAAUAAAUACUUUUUUUUAAAUUUAAUUUUGUUCUUAAAAUUAUAGAUUUAGUUAAAUGGGUUAUUUCAUUACAGCUUAAUUCAUUUUUUUGAAAUUAUAAUUUGAGAACAAUGCCUAUAGUUAUGGGCUGUGAUUUAUUGUUGAUUGUAUUUUUAAUUUAGAGAUUUUUUUUUGUUCUGUUUUGAAUUUAAUUAUCCAUAUUUAUAAUUUUCUUAAAUGCUUUAGCAUAUUGUUUGUGAUGCACUAUAUGCACUCAAUUAGAAAUUUCAGUCGCUGUUUUUACACUUUUUGAAGCAACAAGUUACAUGCAAAACUUCAUUCCAUUUUAUAUUUUUAGGUGUCAUUGUGAUUCACGUAAUUGCGUAAGAUGAAAUAUUUUUUUAGUGUCAAAACAUUUCUCAAAAUUAUGCUGUUAAAAAUAUUUUAAUACACUAAAAAUAUUAUUUAAGUACUGAAAUUUUUUUUAAAAAUGUUCUAAUUAUACAGUAUAUUGGUGUAAAAAUGUGAUUUCAACAUGUACAGGGUGCCAUAAAAUUCAUGCAAGUAGUAUUUGUAAAAGAAAAGGCGUUUUUUAGCUAAAAAUUGUGAUUUUUUAUUUGUUGAUUCUUAAAAUACAGUACAUGGUUAUGCCUGGAAUAUAUUAUACCCGUUGGUAAUUAAUUAAUUUCUACUCAACUUCCUUGCUAUCGCUUGAUGCAGGGCCGGAUUAAGCGAACGCGGGGCCCUAGACCAUUCAAAUUUUUGGGGCC